AUGGGAAAUUGCACACUAAAAUCAACAGAGUCAGAAGAUUAAACAGUGAUCUCCAUCUCCAAUUUCACACAGAAGAGUGUUAUAGGCAAGGGAGGUUUUGGAAAGGUCUGGAUGGUGGAGAACAAAAAGUCAAAAAGUUUGUAUGCUAUGAAAAUAAUGUCAAAAGCUAAGAUCAUUGCAAAGAAAAGUGUUUAAUCAGUAAUGAAUGAAUUAUAAUUACUUAGUUAAUUGAAACACAAUUUCAUUAUUAAUAUGUAAGCAGCAUUCCAGGAUCGAGACAAUCUCUAUCUCGUCAUGGAUUUACUAACAGGCGGAGAUCUGAGAUACCAUCUAUGUAAAUAGAGGAAAUUCACAGAGGAGCAAACGAAAUUCUUCGUGGUUUGUAUAAUCCUCUCAUUGGAAUAUCUUCAUGUGAAUGGGAUUCUCCAUCGAGAUGUCAAACCUGAAAAUUUAGUCUUUGAUGAUAAAGGGUAUUUAAAAUUGACUGAUAUGGGAAUUGCUCGUUAAUGGAAACCUGAAAAUGCAUAAGACACUAGUGGCACACCUGGAUACAUGGCUCCAGAAGUGAUGUGCAGAUAAAAUCAUGGUGUAGGAGUCGAUUAUUAUGCCCUUGGAGUUAUUGUUUAUGAAUGCAUCAUGGGAAAAAGACCAUAUGUAGGCAAAAGUAGAUAAGAAAUUAGGGAUCAAGUCAUAGCAAAAUAAGUCCAAAUCAAAAAUAAUGACAUCCCCACUGGAUGGUCAUUGGAGGCAGUAGAUUUUGCUAAUAAACUCAUAUAAAGAAAACCGGCUAAUAGAUUAGGAGUGAAUGGCCCUGAUGAAGUUAAGGCCCAUUAAUGGUUCAAGGAUUAUGCGUGGGAUAAGUUGUUAGACAGAUAAAUAACUGCCCCAUAUAUUCCCAGGGAUGAUGAAAUGAUUUAAAUAGCAAGUGAAAAUCGUAGAGAUUCUGCCAAUGAAAUCGACCCAGAAAGCGUAUUAAGUUUAAGAAGGAACUCGAUCUAAGCUUAAUUUGGAGGGUAUACUUUCAAUGGAAGCAAUAAUAAUAAUAAUAAUGCUAAGCCUCAAUCCACUAAUGUUAGUGUCCCAGCAAUAUUGUCAACAAAGGCUAAUUGA